UUUAUAAUAUUAUACCGGAUUAAAAAUCAUUAUUCUAAUACAGCCCAAAACAGAACUUGUUACAAGUUAUUACAAGACUCGUUUAAACCCUAAACCUUGUCUUGUCUCUGCGCCGCCUUGUCACUCUGAUAUCUCUCUAAAGUUUCUCUUAGCUGGCGAAUCCUUGGAGUGCUUUCGUUUCUACAUAGAGUUGGUUGAUUGGGAUUUGGAGCUCAGACAUGGUUGAGCUGGAGAAGAAGUCCAGUGAUGAGAUGAAGAAGAGGAUAAGAAAGCGUAACCGUGGGAAAAAGAGUGAACUUCAGAAGACGAAAGAAGAAGAAACACACUUGGUAGAGGAGAACGCAGAUGAAAUCCCAAACAAGAAAGAAAAGAAGGUUAAGAAAGUGAAGUCUCAGGAAGAAGACAAAACCGAGGAAGAGGUGGAAGCAAAGGAAGAAGAAGAACUAGAUGAAGAGAAGAAGAUGGUUGUUGUUGGGAAAGGGAUAAUGACUAAUGAGACUUUUGAAUCCUUGGAGUUAUCUGAGCAGACUUUUGAAGCUAUCAAGACGAUGGGCUUUGAGCACAUGACUCAAAUUCAAGCUGGGUCUAUUCCUCCCCUUUUGGAAGGGAAAGAUGUUCUUGGUGCUGCCAGGACUGGUUCCGGUAAAACCCUUGCUUUCCUCAUACCGUCUGUGGAGCUGCUCUUUAAAGAGCGUUUCUCUCCUCGUAAUGGGACUGGUGUCAUCGUUAUUUGCCCCACUAGAGAACUUGCUAUCCAGACAAAAAAUGUGGCGGAGGAGCUACUGAAGCACCAUUCGCUGACGGUCAGCAUGGUUAUUGGUGGCAAUAACAGAAGGACAGAAGCACAACGUAUUGCGAAUGGUUCUAAUUUGCUGAUUGCAACUCCUGGGCGUCUUCUUGACCAUCUUCAACAUACAAAGGGUUUCAUAUAUAAACACCUCAAGUGCCUUGUGAUCGAUGAAGCUGAUAGGAUACUGGAAGAAAAUUUUGAGGAAGAUAUGAACAAGAUUCUAAAGAUUUUACCGAAGACUAGGCAAACCGCACUAUUCUCUGCCACCCAAACCUCCAAGGUUCAAGAUCUUGCCCGGGUGUCAUUGACGUCUCCUGUUCUUGUUGAUGUCGAUGAUGGUAGACGCAAGGUGACGAAUGAAGGAUUGGAGCAAGGCUACUGUGUUGUUCCGAGCGAGAAAAGGCUUCUCCUUCUAAUCUCUUUCUUGAAAAAGAACCUAAACAAGAAAAUAAUGGUCUUCUUCUCGACGUGCAAGUCGGUUCAGUUCCACGCCGAGAUCAUGAAACUCAUCAACGUCGAGAGCUGUGACAUCCAUGGAGGGCUGGAUCAGAACCGAAGAACUAAAACCUUUUUCGACUUUAUGAAAGCAGAGAAAGGUAUCUUGCUGUGUACUGAUGUUGCUGCUCGUGGUCUCGACAUUCCUUCCGUGGAUUGGAUUAUACAGUAUGAUCCUCCAGACAAGCCAACGGAGUAUAUCCAUAGGGUUGGUCGAACAGCCCGUGGAGAAGGAGCAAAGGGAAAGGCAUUGCUUGUCUUGAUCCCUGAAGAGCUUCAGUUUAUUCGUUACCUCAAGGCUGCAAAAGUACCUGUGAAAGAGCUUGAGUUCAAUGAGAAGAAGCUUUUGAAUGUUCGGUCUGCUCUGGAGAAGUAUGUUGCCAACGACUAUAAUCUGAACAAGAUAGCCAAGGAAGCGUACCGGGCUUACAUCGCAGCAUACAACUCGCAUUCUUUGAAAGACAUCUUCAAUGUUCACCGACUUGAUCUUCAGGCGGUUGCUCUAUCGUUCUGCUUCUCUUCGCCGCCAAAAGUGCAUCUGAACAUAGAAAGCGGAGCUGGUAAGGUGAGGAAGGCGAGGAAUCAGCAAGGCCGCAAUGGCUUCUCUCCUUACAGUCCCUAUGGCAAAGGCAAGUCCACACCUAAAGAGGCAUGAUGUGUUCUCGACCUGCCUUUUUGUUUUACUAGUUACCACCAAGUUUUGUCUAAAGAGUAACGUUACUGCGUUUCUUGUAAUACUUCAGAUCUUUGGGUUGUUAUAAGAAUUAUUUGGUUAAUCUA